UGAGUCACGCCACUUUAAAAUGUAAAUACCACAUACCUCGACUCACAAGUCUGUUGAUUGGUUUGAUAUAAGGUUAUACUGGACGGGUGGUUGGUUUUGCUCCGUACUGAGUGACAUAUAAUUGUAGAGCUGAGGACACAUUUGGGAGAGUCAGUGCUACUGCAGAGAAUCGUACGGCAGGUACUACAUCUGUACUACACUUGAUAAAUAGGAACUGGACCUGGUCUGUAAAAUAUCACGGGGAACAAAAUACUGAAAGAUGAAGCAGGGCGUUGUGAGUGGCAUCAUUUUUGCUGCCCUGGCUAUAGCACUGGGGUCCACCACCGACGUCUUUCCAGCUCCAGAAUUAGCAGCCCCUCCACUGAAGAUAGCUGCCUUUAACGUCCGCGUGUUUGGUCCAACCAAGGCUAGCAUUCCGGCUGUAAUGAACACUAUUGCUAAGGUAGUUGCCCGUUACGACAUCAUUUUGAUCCAAGAAGUCCGUGACUCCAGUGAAACUGUCGUGGACAAACUGCUGCUAGAAGUAAAUAGUCUGGUUGGCUCCAAUGCAUACCAGAAACAAGUGAGUGACCGGCUAGGAAGAACUGCAAGCAAGGAACAGUAUGCCUUCUUGUACAGGCCCGCCAAAGUCAAGGUAACAGGCACAUACCAAUACGAUGACGGCGUCGACAGCGGCACAGACCCGUUUCAGAGAGAACCAUAUGUAGUGCGCUUCCACGCCAAAGACACCGAAGUGACUGAUUUUGCUAUCAUCGCUAUCCACACGGACCCCCAGGAGGCAGUGAGCGAAAUUGGAAAUUUGACCCGGGUGUACGACGCUGUGAAACAACACUGGGCCCUUGAGGAUAUUUUGAUCGCUGGGGACUUCAACGCAGAUUGCAAUUACGUCAAUGGUGAUGAGUGGGAUCACAUCAGUCUCUGGACCGACCCCCGGUUUAAGUGGCUUAUCUCUAACUGUUUUGACACCACUGUUACUGCUACAGACUGCGCUUAUGACAGGUUCGUCGGAGCUGGGAUAAAAUUGCUCUCCGCCGUGGUCCACAACAGUGCGGGAAUAUACGAGUUUGACAAGGGCAUGAGCAAGGCCGAUGCCCUCGCCGUCAGUGACCAUUAUCCCAUUGAAAUCCAGCUGGCUGGAAAAGCAAAUAUCACUGCCCAAAACGUACUGAAGCCUAAGCAUAGCUUCAGCGUCGAAUGUUCUAGAAGCGUCUCAAACAUUAACGACAUUCGAAAAAUAUACAGGGCAAAAACUCCAGAUAAAGUGGCCAACUUCGACGUGGAGGUUCUCUACCAGAAAUCUGGUGCCAUGCUGUACGUUGUUGCUAUCAAAACAGGGGUCACAAUACCCUCCCAGCACAUUGAGGAGUUUAGCAACAAGUUCCCGGAUGUUCUUUGUCCGGAACUUAUUUCUGCUGCGCAUGCGUUUGAAGACUCUGAUGCUUUGAAUGAACCCACGCCCAUAUACGGCAUCCAGAUGUCGCCACACUCGACCUACGACUUAGCCAUCAGCUGCCGGUUGCAAGAUCCUCUCACUUGUUCUUUGAGCAUACAGAAAAGUCUGACUGUCUCUCCGCCAGCUGCUACGAGUAGCGCAGGACACCUUCACGGUCCGCUGAUUGGCUGAGAUUUUGAAAUCAUGAGGAAAUAAUACCGACAACCCAAACACGGAAGAACAGUGUUAUGAAACUAUCUGUAUGUUAAAACUACAAUUAACCAAACAUUCCUGUUCAAAAUGAUCUUUUUUACGACAUUAUAUCUUUGCUACACGGUGUGGACACACGUGUACAAUAUUACUUAACAAUUUACCAAUAGCAUUCAACAGGUAAUAUACUUUCGUUUCCUCUUAUUCCUGCUCAUACUGUACAUGUAGAAGUAUUGGAAAAGCGUGUUUCAACUUUUUCACAUGGGGACAGAACAAUAAUCAAAAUACAACGAUGGAAGUUUACAAAAUAAUAUAAUCCAAUAUCUUUUUUAAAAGGUCUAGGUAAAGUUGCCUUAACGUCGUAAGGAUCUGGUAUGACGUGGUGUGUGGUAUGUUGGGUUACACGUUAUGGCUGGACUAUUUUUAGAUCACUGGAAGUCAUUCACGGUAGAUAUUUAUUAAUGGGAUUAAAUUCAAUUUGUGACGUCAGUAUACACCUCUGCUCUUUUAAAUGACUUGGUUCUUACACGAACGUUAUUUAAACAUUUUUAUUGUCAGUAGAACUGUAAAUGAUUAAACGUAACUUCCUAAAAGCUUUGCACUUUUGUCUGCAAUUUAAUUGUAUCAGAAUGCUUCGGCUUAUGUUGACUUUGUAAAAUGUAACGUUAGACAACAUGGAAAAGUCAAUUCUUCAAAGUUAAUUAAAUGUUUUAUAUUGAU